AACCAACCAAGACUUUCGCGUGCUGCACGGGGAUGCUCUAACACAUUUGGUAGACCGCCGUGUUCCAGUGACGAGGAAGGAAGGGUUGUGCCGGUACACAGAGCUUAUCGAUUAUUGGAUUUUUAGGUUACGUGGGUUUCACUGUUCGAAGUUAAAUUAUCUCAAGCAAAAUGGCAGGACUAGUAAAAGCUAAGAAAUAUGACUGGAAGGACUCCAACAUGGCCCUGUUUGGGUCAGACACUGACAGACAGGUCAAAAAGGAAUCUGCUAUGACGGAGCCAGCAUGGGAGGGGGCAGGAACUGAGCCCGGACUUAAGAUCUGGCGCAUCGUGAAAUUUGAAGUCACAGAUUGGCCUAAAGAAGACUAUGGAAAAUUCUACAAUGGAGAUUCUUACAUUGUCCUUUAUACCUACAAGACUGGAGAUUCAGAAGAUCUGAAGUACGACCUCCACUUCUGGAUCGGCAAGAACAGCUCACAGGAUGAGUAUGGAACUGCUGCAUACAAAACAGUAGAACUGGACACCUACUUGGAUGACAAAGCUGUUCAACACAGAGAGGUUCAAGGUCACGAGUCUGAGAGGUUCAAGUCUUACUUCAAUACUAUUCAGAUAUUGGAGGGUGGAGCUGAGACAGGCUUCCGACACGUUGAACCAGUGGAGUACAAGCCCCGCUUAUUGCAGUUCAAUGGAAAGGGACGCCACAUCACCGUGAAGGAAGUGCCCUUCACAGAGAAGAGUCUGAAGUCUGAUGAUGUGUUUGUGUUGGACAAGGGACUGGAAAUCAUCCAGUGGAACGGAGCAGGGGCCAAUGGCAUGGAGAAAAUCAAGGCUCAACAAUUCUGUCAGCAGUUGGAGGCUGAGAGAUCAGGGGCAAGUAACUCUGUAGUGGAGGAGGGAUCUCGUGCUCCUGCAUUCUACGACGGUCUUCCUGAUGAAGAUGUGGAGAUGGAUGAGGAAGACGAGGGAGUCGAGACAGGGGACAAGACUCUAAUGAAAGUCUCGGAUGCUGGUGGACAGAUAGAAAUGACUGAAGUUAAGAAGGGAACAGUUACCAGGGACGAUCUGACUUCAGAUGACGUAUUCCUGGUAGACAAUGGUCUACAGGUGUUUGUUUACGUUGGUGCUAAUGCUUCUGUAGCAGAAAAGAGGAAUGGAUUCCCCUAUGCUCAUAAAUACAUCAAGGAUAACGACAAGAAGCCAUACAUGCAGGUGACAGUUGUUAAGGAGGGACAACAGUCGGAGCUGGACAACGUUCUUGCCUAAAUAUUGACAUUAACUCCGCCCACCUAGUCACAUGACUGCCCGUAACAGUGUCCCAUAGACUGUAGACAUUGCAACUGUCAGGAGCAUCCCAUUGUGCUGCAUCACCUUGUUUUGGUGUUAAAAUGUUAAGAUUUGUCAAAAUUAAAAAAUAUAUACCCUGUAUUUCAAUAAUGUUUUUCCUUUAAAAAAAUGUAAAAUAAGAUUUUUUUCCCAAAUGCUUUUAUUUUAUAUCAGAAAUAUAUUUUUCUUCACAAAUGCUUUGUAGAAGGCUAUAUUUACAUGACGUACUGCCUGGAGGGCUUUCAAGCAGAAAUAUCCUCUGUGACUUUGUUUUGGUAUUUAGUGUAGCAUUUGCUGUUAUUUCAUUUUAUUCUUUGCUGGGCAUUUACAUCACUGGUGGUGCAUUUGAUUCUGUUGUCCUCUGUAUAUCAUAAUCAAUGUUGUGAUUAUACUGUAUAUCCUUAUUUCAUAUGAACAAAUAAUGGUAAUAGUGCUUAGAUGCUUGAAUCAAAGAUUGCAAAUAUUAUUUUUGUUAGAAAUAAUUUUUUUUGGUUUUUUUUUCUCCUCAUUUUUUUUAUGGUAUUUUCAAACAACUUGUAAACAGGUUUAUACAUUGCUCAUGAAUUUUUUUUUCUUCUUAACUUUAUUAAUUUGCCAUGUUGAAGAUGAUUUUUCAUUUUUUAUAAAAGUGAAGUUAUUCUAUGUUAUUUUGCACAUUUUUUAAAAAAAGUAUUUAUGUACACAUUUAAUGUUUUUUUUUAUAUGCUGCAAUAGAGAUGAAAGUCACAUGCCAGUCAUGUGAUUUGUCUCCUUAACAACCACUCCUGCUUCCUAUAGGUAUCUUAAUAACAUAUCUAAAAAUAAAUUAUUUCACACAGUUGUA